AUGGUCACCCCGCGAAUCACUCGGAAAUUCUUGAUCGCCAUGAAAAUUCAGAAUAUUCUCGAGAACUAUGGUCUCUACAAUGCCUUAUUGGCUGUGUGUAUCCUUGGUUCGAUUUGUUUGGACACUUUCAUCGCCUGGAGAGGAUAUAUGUUCAAUGCAACCAGUGAGGAUGACCAAUACUCAACAUUGAUCUACUUUUUCGGAUUGGUUGGCUAUUUUAUGGUCUGCGCUGUUCUUGGAGACAUCUUCUUCGAUCGCCCCCAUAAUCGACCAGCAAUGGGAAUUUUCGAUGGUCUAGUGAUAAGUAUUCUUCAUUUCUUCCUCCUCUUCUGCUAUUUCUUCUACUGGGUCUCUUUGCCUGCCGACGUCUGGAACCCAUGCCAAUAUUAUAUGCCAGAUUUUUAUUGGGUAUCCUUCCGUAUUACCCCAUUGCUCCUUUUCUGUCAGACGGUGCUUUCUGGGUCAUGUGCAUUCGUGAUCUACCGAAAGAGGCAAAGCCUUCCCGAAAGAUAUUGUGUCUAG